AUUAGUCUCUAUAGAAGAAAACCCGAUCGACUGCGGCGAGUUGCGACAUGGCGACGAUCGCGUCCCGACUCCUCUCUCGCCGGACUCUCACCAGCGCCACAAGCAAGGCCGCCGAGCACCUUCCUCAGGGUCGUCGGUCGUGGUGGUCCUAUCUGCUUGGCUACAACAAGCCGAUGCCGAUGACGAUGCCCGAGGCCAAAAAGCAGCUAGACCCAGCGUUGUACUACUACAGGAAGCUGCUGGAGAAAGAGCAGGCAGCUGUCGACCGGACCAUCAACCGCUUACAUUUUGGGUUCGCCGUGGUUACGCUCGGAUCUCUACUUGCCAGGUUUUAUCUUGGAGAUGAUCCCCCGGAAAGCGGACGUACAGCUACUCCUAUUUCAGACGGGGUGUAGGGAGGAGAUCCCUCCGUCAUUUGGAUAUGAAAAUAACAUGCCUUUCGGAUGCAAAUAAGAUGGGUGUAAUUCCUUUUGAUGUAGCUCACCGUUCAUGCCGAAUCAUAAGAUGGGUGUAAUUUCUUUUUGAUGUAGCUCAUCAUUCAUGCUGAAUGAUAAGGUGGGUGUAAUUCUGAUAGUGUAUUCAAGUGUCGUUAUUAUAUACUAAGUGUGGACACGAUGAACCGCCUUCUUCCUUUCUAUAAUCUGGUA